CCCCCCUCCGCUAAGUGGAUUUGGCGAUUCUGAGCCGUAAUACACCUGAGAAGGCUAUAUACAGAAGAAAUCGUCUUGAAACGAUUGAAUUUAACUGUGAAAGAGAUAAUCGUCCGAAAAGGUGGGCUCUGAUUAGCCGAUUAACCGGCCAGCCCAGCGCCUGCCUUCUUUGAUAUUAUCUCCUUCUUCUAGGCCAGCAAGAGAGCCACUUUUUCCCUCUUCUUUUUCUUCUUCUUCAUCAACAACAACAACAACGAAAACAACAGCAAAAACAACCAUGCCUCCCAAAAGAAACGAGGAAGCCACACGCGCUCGCACUGCUGCAGCGCGUGCGGCGUCGCUUGCAAAGCGCAAGCAACAGCGCGGGGGUAAGCAGGGGGGCGGCGGUCCCUCCGAUCCCCCUGGUGACCAGCCCGUGGCCCCUCCCUCCCCCAGUGCCCUGGCCUGCGGCCGACAAGUCUUCGAGGAGUCCCUCCGGCGGGAUACUCAGGCUCAAGCCAAGAUCGCAGCCAAGUGCCCGUCAGAGGACAAGGAGGAGGACAAGGGCAAGAAGAAGGUCGCUCAGGACAGGACCCCCGAGCCUGCCCUAAAGAGGGUCGAGUGUAUGAGGUGCCUUGCAAGCGCGCUUCAUGGUGACUCUUCAGGGUGGUGCGAGCCGGCGGUUGGUAGCCGGUCCCGAAAGUGUAAGCGAUGCGCCAUUGGCAAGGUGCCUUGCGUCACUAUACUGGAGGGAUCUGAGCUCCGCCGUUUGGCAGGGGAGUUCUUGGCCGCGAAGCGUGGCAACAGUGCUCCCAGUAUCCUUAGCCGAGCAACUAGCGCGUUGCGAAGCCGUAUCGCCUUCGAGGCCAGUCUCCCUCACGGGGAUCCUCGAGUCGGUACACAGAGGAGCGACGAGGUGGCGUCAGUAACGCUUAACCCCCAGGCACCGCCUCAGGGCGUGUUUGGUGGUGGAUCCGCUGCGAACACGUCGGUCAGCGCAGCGGCGUCUGUUGCCGUUGCGAACGAGGGUCAAGCGGCUGCCAUUCGCUCCGCGAUUGACGCCCUCGUAGGUGGCUCGCUCCCCGCGGGGCAGCUGCCCGCGUACCAGGUCUUAAUGGACCAGUACACGGCUCUUAUGAGAGGAAGUAGGUGCUGAAUUUAAAUAGAUUCGUUUGUGGGCUCCCGGUCGGAGCGGCGGAAGGCUGCGCGAUCUCUUGAAGACAUCGCGACACAGCCCAUUCUCAUUCGGUUUAGAUUUAUCAAUUUCAAGCGCUGCAUCGCCCGUUGGCUUCUUCUCCUCGGCGGCUUUGAGAUAUUGGAGGGUCCGAAGUUUGAAGAGACUACUGUGCACCAAUUGCGACAAAAGCUUGCUUUCCAGAAACCGAGUGUUA